CACUAUCAAAAACUAACUCACAAAAAGCUUCAAACACCCUCACACUCGCAAUGGUUUCCGUCGCGGCAGAGCACGGCAUACGGGGUGACGACAUGCUACGGGCUUAGGUUCCAUUUGCUCUGCAUUUCGUUCUUCCACAGCUCCACUCAUCGGCUUAGAAGUUCAGAGUUCAAUUUGCCGUCCUUUCUAGUUUUCGCCCAACCGCCACCGAAAAGUCUCGUGCUCGAUAGUGGUCAUUUUAAGGGAAUGCAUUGGUGUUAAACCCAUAUUUUUAGAAAAUGGGGAAAGGGGUGGCUUUAAGGCCUCAUUUAUUGAAAGAAAUUCAGAGGCUUUUAUGUGUAAAUCACACAAGGAAGAGGUAUCAGCUUCUUGGAGGAGCUGGAAGUCUAGUUCCAUUGUGUUUGCCCUCAUCUUUUCAUGAAUCAAUUGGUAGCAUGAAAAAUCAUGAUUACAUACGCUGUAUUUAUCGAAGGUUUUCAACUAUGCCAAAAUCAAAACAAGAGUCUCUUCAACAACUUGACUUGUUGUCUUUCAUUCAAUCUACCGUUAGCAAGCAUGAAGGCCCUUCUCAUAUUUGGUUAAAUGGAAUUCUGACAAAAAAGAAUAUAUUCAAGAAAGAAGGCAUUACAUUAGUUCUUGUAGCUGAAUUCUUUCAAGGUUCCCCUUCGACACAUCAUGACCUUUUUAUCAUGCUUGAGAAAGUCAAAUUACUUCAGCAGAGGUAUCCUUUCCUUCAAGUAAUGGGAUAUCAGUAUACCACAUCACCAAUUCUCUCCAAAUAUGAUUACACACAUUUACUCCAAAGAGUAAUGAAGGAAUACAUAAGCUUUCCUAUUUUGCUGUCUAACACGAACUUCCCCAAGAUUGUUCAAAGUCCAUGUUGCAUUAUAUUCAAGGGCCCUAAGAGUCCUAUAACUUACCAUCCCAAGGAAGUAGAUCAAAUGAUUCUGGACAAUGUAACAGCCAUCAAAGAUUUGAAAGUGCAGCAUAUGAAGACUCUUGGUUUCAUGCAUACUAUGAAUAGUCCUUGGCAAAAACCAGUUGAAGUAUUCAAGGAACCAUAUCUUUGUAUUCCCUUACAGAAUCUAUUCCUUUAUUUCCCAGGUUGUACUUCAGUUGAUGAGACCGGAGGUCGCAUUUACAUUUCUGAUAGUAAUCAUAACCGGAUCAUUGUGAUUGAUGCUCAUGGAGGAAUUCUAGACUCGAUUGGUUCCUCUCCUGGUUUUGAAGAUGGAGACUUUGAAAAUGCAAAAUUUAUGCGUCCUGCAGCAUCACUUUAUCAUGCUGAUGAAGAUUGCUUGUACAUCGUGGACUCAGAGAACCAUGCCAUCAGGAGAGCUGAUAUGGGGAAGAGAAUUGUAGAGACACUGUAUCCUGCAACAAACUCGAAUAAGGAUUCCAAUAGCUUAUGGAGCUGGAUUUUGGGCAAGCUUUCGAGAAAGAAGGAGCCUGAUGCUAAAUCUGAUGAAUGUUCACCAAAUUCGUUGCUUUUCCCUUGGCAUAUGUUAAAAUGCCAAAACACUCUCUUUGUUCUUAAUUGCAACUUGCAGACGUUAUGGGUCAUGGACUUUCACUCUGGGACCCUCAAAGAAAUUGUGAAAGGAUUCUCAAAUAUAAUGGAGAUCUGUGGGCAUUUAAUUCUGGAGAAGUCAAAUAUUCUAAAACAAGUGCCAGGUGAUUUGUUGAAGCGGCUAAUGGACAAUAAUAUCUCGUUGGAGGGAGUUCCAUAUGCUGGUCUAAUGUCUUCUAUUGCAACUUUUCAAGAUGAUAUGAUCAUUUGCAAUCCAGUUGGUCAGGAGGUUUUAAAAUUUGAUAGGAAAUCCGGGACUUCAUCAACCAUGAAGUUCUCAAAUUUUAGUGUCUUGGGUCUUCCUUAUUGGGUCCCAUUCCCUCUGGAGCAAGUUUGUGCUACGCAUGACACACUCUCAGAACUUAAUGUUGAUCACACUGAAAAUUUUGCCUUGCUCCCAGGCAGAGUUGAUAUACAAAUGAGUAUCGAGAUACCCAAGUCAUUUGAUCUUGUAGAACCCUUGAGUGAAAGCUGCAUUUGGCGCCAAGCUAGAGGAGCAGCGACAGUAGUCUCUGAAGCAGAGAGCAGCUCUACUUCCGAAAAGGUAUACACCGCCCAACAAUGGUAUGAUGAACUUGACCACCAUACCUUUUGGGCACCAGAAACAGAAGACGACGAAAGACAAAACUCUCCCACUGAAUCUAGCACAGACGUAGUGCUUAGCUCGGGUCCUUCUCAAUCUGUCACUCCUGAAGGGACAGUUUGCAUUGGUUGCUGUGUCAACACCAGCCCUGGGACAAGUGAGAUCAUCAUCUCAGCUGCACUGUAUUUGAAGCUGAGAAAGAGCGGAGAUGCCGAAAGUUUGGAGCAGAAGGCCGCCAAGAUAGUGGACAAUAUUGACCCUGGCAAAAGGGGAAACAAAGAAAUGCUUGUUUCACACCUUUUGGCAACACAGAGAGAUUUGGAAAGCCUCAUUGUGAGCAGACCUCUACAUGUGGUGCUCAAGUUUGAGUGCCCAAUCCACCCAACAUCUGAAGAUAAUUCCAAAGAGGUUGUGGUAACUCACUCUUCUCUAAAGCUCAAUGUUUCUCUUUGAACCCAUAGUUUCCUUUUAGGGCAGGUAUGUUGCAUUCUUUUGGUUGGACCUUGCCAAGUUUGACUUUUUGGUCAAAUAUUAUUAUUUUUGAAAAAUAUUUUUAGUUGACAUGUUUUAGUGGAGGCGUGAAAGUUGGAAAUUUUGCACAUUUUAUGAAUGUCUUCGUACUGAAAAACAUUUAUACCAUUCAUAUAUUGUAAAUUACUCCAUAAUAUUUAUUAAAAUGUAUUUUUUUGGCAAAAUUAGACAUAUUUGACUAAAAAGACAACAUCGGG